CGUCGCCCGGAGAGAACAUGGCCUCUAGCUCGGGGGAAGACCUCUUGUGUCCCGUUUGCCAGGACAUUUUCAAAGACCCGGUCGACCUGUCGUGCAGCCACAGCUUCUGCCGGGCCUGCAUCCAGAGGUGGUGGGCGGACAAGGAAACACGGCCGUGUCCGUUCUGCAAGAGGAAGUCAUCGAGGACCGACCCUCCUCGCAACCUGGCGCUGAAGAACCUGUGCGAGGCCUUUCUGCAGGACGGGGAGCGGCGGGCGGCAGCAGGGCCCGAGCACAUGUGCAGCCUGCACAGUGAGAAGCUCAAGAUCUUCUGUCUGGACCACCAGGAGCUGGUCUGUGUGGUCUGCCGGGACUCCAGGACUCACAGCAACCACCGGUUCAGACCCAUCAACGAGGCGGCCCAGGAUCUCCGCCAGGAGCUGCAGAGAGACCUGACACCCCUCCGGGAGAAGCUGACACUCUUCCAGCAGGUGACGGAGGACUGCAUCUCCACGGCAGAACACCUCCAAGUCCAGGCCCGGGACACCGAGAAGGAGAUCCGGCAGCAGUUUCAGAAGCUUCACCAGUUCCUGGAAGAGGAAGAGAAGGCGAGGGUGGAGGCGCUGAGGGAGGAGGAGGAGCAGAAGAGUCGGGUGAUGAAGGAGAAGGUGGAGGCUCUGACCCAGGACAUGGACGCUCUUUUAGAGACGAUCAGAGCGACGGAGACGGAGCUGAGAGCCGGAGACGUCUCGCUGCUGCUCAACCACAAGGUGGCGACCGGGAGGGUCAAGCAGGGCCCGGUUCUGCAGGACCCGGAGACGGUUCCAGGGGCUUUGAUAGAUGUGGCCAAACAUCUGGGAAACCUGACCUUCAACAUCUGGAAGAAGAUGAAGGACAUGGUGCUCUACAGUCCUGUGAUCCUGGAUCCAAACACCGCCGACGCAGAGCUCGUCGUGUCUGACGACCUGCUGAGCGUUACAUUCAAGGGGUCACGAGAUCUGCCGAGCAACCCGGAGAGGACCAGGUUCCCCCGCACCGUCCUGGGCUCCAAGGGGGUAAAGUCAGGGACUCGCAUGUGGUCCGUGAGUGUUGGACCCAACGCCGACUGGGAGCUGGGAAUGCUGGAAGCAGAUGGUGGCGACACAGCGGAGCCGCGGCGGUGGAGGAUUUCACUCAAGGACGGUAGAUACAAGGCGUUGGCUGGAUCGGGCUCGGAGCAAGACCUGCAGGUUGGGAAGCCCCAGACGAUCUGGGUUCAUCUGGACUUCAACAAGGGGAAGCUGUUGUUUGAGGAUCUUCACACAAACGAAGUCGUGCACACCUUCACGCACACAUUCACGGGCGAGAUGUUUCCUUACGUGUACACCCGGAGCUCAGUCCCACUGAGGAUCGUGACACGCAAGGGUUCCGUGAAGACACCGAUUUAGGCAGGUAGCCAAUGGAGCGACGCUAACACUGGAGAGACGUGGUCUCUCCUGCUAAUUCCUGUCAGUACUCGUGCUGCUGCAUUCUGGAUCAGCUGGAGCCUAUUCAGCAAAUUACUUGGACAUCCUGCUAACAACACAUUACAGUAAUCUAGUCUAGAAGAUACAAACGCAUGAACUAGUUUUUCUGCAUCACUCUGCGAGAGGAUUUUCCUACUGUAAUUUUUGCAAUAUUACGGAAAUGGAAAAACGUUAUUUUACAGACCUGAUCAACAUAUGGUUUAAAACGACAAAUCCUGAUGGAAAACAACACCAAGGUUUCUCACAGUUGCACUGGAAGCCAUCGCAACACCAUCUAAUCCCUUCCUAUGAUGCCCUGGACCAAGAAUGAUAACCUCUGUUUUAUCUGAAUUUAGAAGCAAGAAAUUUCUGGACAUCCAGUCCUUGAUGUCCCUAAGACAUGCCUGAAGUUUAACUAACGGUUCUGUUUCAUCCGGCUUCAUAGACAAGUAGAGCUGCGUAUCAUCAGCAUAACAAUGAAAGUGUAUGCCGUGAUUCUGGAUUAUACUUCCCAACGGCUGCAUGUAUAAACUGAACAAGAUUGGCCCUAGCACUGAACCCUGCGGAACACCAUAACAGACCCUUGACUGUUCUGAAGAAACCUCAUGUACAUGAACAAACUGGAACCUGUCAGAUAGGUAUGAUUUAAACCAACAUAGAGCUGUCCCUUUAAUCCCAACAACAUGCUCUAACCUGUGCAGUAAAAUGCCAUGAUCUAUAGUGUCAAAAGCAGUUUGUAUUGUAAUGGGAAAUUUUGGUAUAACAAUGUUUACACAAAUCCUGUUUUCAAGUGAACAUUCCUUGGCGAGGUCAUGCUGCUUUGACACAGAGACUAGCACGGUUGCCAUGGGCGAUAUUUUGUCUAGUUGUUCCCAGCCUGCCCAUUAUAAGAUAGCGUGUCUCUAAACAUCUUCAGCUCACUCAGGACUGACUGUCGUCUGAUCUGUUGUACUGUGUGACUCCAUUCAUGAAUGUUUCUCUUUUCAUUAAAACUCAAG